AGGAGCCUGCCGCGCAGGCGCCUUAGGGGGGGUUCCUCUGGGCAUCAUGGCGUCCCGAGAUGUCAUCGGGCCGGCGCUGCCUCCGCAGUUGGCCGAUUCCGACGCCGCUUCGGUGGACUCCGGGCCGGUUGCAGGCCCAGCAUUGCCUCCUGGCUUCAAGGAAAACUCUGAAAACUCUGAUCAUGAGCAGAAAGGUGUCUCUGCUCAGACAUCCAGAGAGACAGAUUCUGAUUCCGAAGAGGAUGAAGGUUCAAGUCCAGUUCCCAGGAAACGGAGAAGAUCUCAGGAAGAGGAUGAUGAUGGGUUUUUUGGACCUGCUCUUCCUCCUGGAUUUAAAAAGCAAGAGGAAUCACCGGAAAGACCUAUUAUAGGUCCUGCUUUGCCGCCCGGCUUUAAGAAACCGUCAGGAGACGCUGAAGAAAAACGAGGUAACAAAAGCCAGGCAAGCGAUGAUGAGGAAGAGGAAAAUGUAUUUGGUCCCAUGCCCGCCAGCGGAUCGGUGGAAUCCAACCCAGGUGCUGAGAUUGAAGAUCGGGCUCGAAGAAUGAAGGAGAAACUUCUGGGAGUUGAUGAUGAAUCCAAACAAGCUAAAAGAGACUCUUGGAUGGUUGAUCUUCCCCCGGAACUCAAAAACUUCGGUUUUGGUCCACGGACAUUCAAAAGAAGAGCCAAUGAUAAUUCUGGAGACAGAUCCAUUUGGACAGAUACUCCGGCCGAUAGAGAAAAGAAAGCUAAGGAACAGCAGGAAGGAAAGAAGCCCAUCUCCAAGGACAAGGAAGAAGCCUUCCCCUCCGAGAGGGACAAAAGGCUGGCUGAGCAGAUCUCCUCCUACAAUGACUCCCAGAGAUCUGAAUCCCUGCUGGACCUACAUCGGAAGAAGCUAAAGAGCAAAACCGACGGGGAGAAGAAUAAGCCGCAGGAGAGAAGGCCCUUCGACCGAGACCAGGACCUUCAGGUCCACCAGAUCGACGAAGCCCGAAAGAAGGCCCUCAUAAAACGCUCCAGAGACUUAAACACCAGGUUUUCCCACGGCAAAUGCAACACGUUUUUAUAACGGAUGCCGACCGAAACGGCACGCGUGCUGAAGAAAACGCUUCCUUUGUACAUACGACACCGUAUGUGUGGAAAAAAUAACAUUCCUUUAAAUGGAA